AUGAUUCAAAUUCUAACAUUAAAAAACCGGCAUCUUUCCCACAAAAAGAUCAUUCAUCUGGCAAAUCUAACCAACUCUUACAAUCGGUCCAACAAUCUUAAAACUUCUAGAUUGAAAACUUUUGAAGAUCCAUCAAAUUAUGCUUCAAUAAUACAACAACUCAGAGAUCUGAAGCCCUUGCAACAGCUUCAUUCUCGUAUAAUCGUGUCAGGAUUAGCUAAUAACAUAUUCCUUUCCAAUAGGUUGAUGAAUGCUUAUGCUUCUUGUGGUGGUUUGAGAGUUGCAGAGUGUAUAUUCCGUCGCAUUGCUUCAAAAAAUGUGGUUUCUUGGACAAUUAUGAUAUCUGGGUUGGGUAGAAAUGGGUUGUAUAAUGAAGGUGUUGAGGUUUUUCGUGAGAUGAUCAUGAAUGGGUUCUUGCCUAAUGAGGUUACGGCGACGAGCAUUUUACCUUUUUUUGCUAAACUGGGGUUGGUUCAGUUUGGGAGAUUGAUACAUUCUUUGUUGAUACGAUUGGGUUUGGAAAUCAAUGUGUUUGUAGGAACGUCUCUAGUUGAUAUGUACAUGAAAUGUGGCUUGGUUUCUGUUGCUCGGCAAGUGUUUGAUGCAAUGCCGGAGAAAAAUGUUUUUUCUUGGAAUGCUAUGAUUUCAGGAUAUUCAGAUAAUGGACUGGGUGAGGAAGGAAUUGUUCAAUUUAAGAGAAUGCACAGAAAUGGGUUUUUUGCUGAUUUGGUCACCAUGAUGAGCUUGACAGCUUCGUGUUCGAGGAUAGAGUGGCCGCAACUAGGAAGUAUGAUUCGUAGUUUUAUUAUUAGAAGUGGGUUUGAUAACUAUUUGCUUGUUAAGACUGCUUUGUUAGAGAUGUAUGUGAAACUCAAAUGCACUGAAGAUGCUUACAGAGUUUUCAGUGAAGAGAUGCCGGUUAAAGAUGUUGUCACGUGGACAUUAAUGUUAUCGGGUUUUUCAGAUGCUGGAUUUGGGAAUAAAGCUAUGGAAAUCUUGGAUCAGAUGAUAAAGAUAGAUGAGAUUUCACUUGAUUCAGUCGCGUUAUUGGGCAUGAUUUCGAGUUGCAGCAAGUCUGGAGCAAUGCAGCAAGGCAGACGCAUUCAUGCAUUUACAAUAAAAGUAGGUUUUGAAGAUGAUAUUUUCCUGGGUUCUGCUAUAAUAGAUAUGUAUUCAAACUGUGGGAAUCUUGACAGCGCAAAACUUUACUUUGAAGGACUGAAGGAAAGGGAUGUCGUAUGUUGGAACUCUAUGAUUGCUGGGUUAGGGAUGAAUGGUUACAGUGACGAUGCAGUUAGUCUCUUUUUCGAAAUGAAGAAGUCAGGAAUAGAACCAAAUGAGUCAACCUACAUAUCUGUAUUAUGUGCAUGUACUCAUGCUGGAAUGGUUAAUCCAGGCCUCACAAUUUUCAAUCAAUUGAUCAAAGAAUGGAAUAUAGAGCCUAAUUUGCUACAUUAUUCCUGCAUAGUUGAUCUUCUUGGACGUGCAGGGCGAUUGGACGAAGCUUACUCAAUAGUAAAUAACAUGCCCUUAAAACCAGACGCAGGGGUAUACGGAGCUUUACUUGGUGCUUGCAGUAUUCAUAGGAAUGUAGAGUUAGGAUUGAAGAUUUCGCGAAAACUUUUUGAGUUAAAUCCUAAUGAUGCUGGGUACUAUGUUUUGCUUUCAAAUAUGUAUGCGGUUUCAGGAGACUGGGAAGGUGUUAAGAAGACUAGAGUAUCGAUAAGAUCAAAGGGAUUAAAAAAAGAUCCAGGAAUAAGUUCUAUUGAGAUAGAUCGAACAAUCUUUACUUUCAUGGCAGGGGAUAAAAAUCAUCUUCAAUAUCCUGAAAUUUGUAACUUCUUGGUGAAUUUGAUAGCGAAGAUUGGAUGGGAAGGUUAUGUUCCUGACCUUAAUUCUGUUUUCCAAGACUUAACAGAUGAGGUAAAGAGAGACAUUCUGUACCACCAUAGCGAGAAAAUAGCAAUUGCAUUUGGAUUAUUGAGAACGAAACCAGGAACAACUAUUCGGAUAAUGAAGAACCUUCGGAUCUGUAAUGAUUGCCACAAUGCAAGUAAGUUCAUUUCAACUUCGUUUGAAAGAAAACUUAUAAUAAAAGAUGGUAAUCGUUUUCAUUUCUUUCAAAAUGGAGUUUGUUCUUGCAAAGAUUAUUGGUGA